UAUUUUUAUCAUAAACUUUUUUUUUUGACAAAAUGGACUUUCACCACUUUCAAAGAAAGCGGCUUAUAUCGUAUCCAAGGUUUUCAAAGCCCUUCUUGGAAAGUGGGAAACGGAUGCCCCCGAAAUUCCGUUUUUUUCGUCGUCGUCUUGGGAGACCGCGGGUGGUCUGUACUAAACAUCCGAACAAUGGCUUGCAUAAAUUCACGCAUAUUUAUAGAUAUUAAUCGCAUCAUCGCAGAGUAAAUAAUAUCUAGCUACUAUUUACUCUGAGCUCUUUUUAUGAAUAAAGUACAGUAUUAAAUUAGUUCGUACUAACUAGAAACCUGUAUUUUCAAAAGAAUAUAAGUUUGUUAUCUGCAAAUGACCUACACUGCACUAGAUAGCGCGCACUGUUCAAUGGAUAAAUUCAUUCGAAUGUUUUUAUGCGAUAGUUGCAAUCAUUCAUUUAUUAAUUAUUCAAUAGUCAAAAUCAUUCGAUAGUGCCCAUUACUAGCUGAAACUACUGGUUUUGGUCAAACUUUGUAAGAGUUUUCUGGGUUGUCAGAGACCUUCCCAUUUUGAAGCUGCUUGAUCCAGUGCUGUGCAUGAAGUGGAAACAAUCAAAAACUUUCCGCCAAAAAUCCACAAAUCACAUUUUCCGAUUAAUGUAAAUUAAUGUGUGAAACACUUCCGCAAAUGUGUCACAUACUUUGGCCAUAUUUCCGCUCGUUUGCAACCACUGGUUCUCCUGGCUCCCUCAUAUGUGCCGGCUUUUAACGCAACCGAACAGCUGUUGGACUCGAAACACCCUUCGAACAGACCGAAAAAUGGGUGGAGUUUCUUAUCCGCGCGCUCGUGCCACAUGCCAAACGUUAAAAUUAGAUCGGGAAAAGUUUCAGUCGUCGGUUUCCUCACCCAUUUGAAAGAACACGCGCUCUCCAUCCGACCAUAAUUGAACACAUCCGGAAUAAACAACGUCGCCUUAACAAGUGACCAACACGACUCAAGUGAGCUUAAUCGAAGACAAUGCGAUUUUAAUUGCUGGCGAACAUCAAUCGGUAGCAUGUCGCAGAUCAGUGUGGUUCAGUACAAUGCGGCCGCCGCUCAGAAGCUGAACAUCCUGCAGCAGAGUGUCGGCAGCAAUCAGCAUUCGGCCAAAUCGGGCGACCGGCAAAUCAUUGUGCUGAGAAAAGCGACGCCCAUCCUGCCGCAGCCGAAGGACAACAUCCUGCUGACCAAUCCGGGGCGGAAAGGGCCCAAAAAGGGGGGCAAAGAAGUGAAAAGUAACGUGCAGCCGAUCGCGGUGGCUAGAAGAAACGCGCGGGAACGCAACCGAGUGAAGCAAGUGAACAACGGCUUCGCCAACUUAAGGCAGCACAUCCCCAGCUUCAUUGCUCAGGCCUUCGAGAGCAACACCGGCCGCGGCAACAAGAAGCUGAGCAAAGUGGAGACGCUGCGAAUGGCUGUGGAGUACAUCAGAAGUCUGGAGGAGAUUCUGGCCUUGGACGGCUACCAGUUGCCUUCUGAGGGCCCUCCCUGUCCAUCGCCCACAUCUCAGAACGACUCCAACGCCUCCCAGGGCGACUUCUUUGUCAUGUCGCCAUCGGAUGAAGACGAUGACUUUUCAUCAGCGGCAACCCCGUCGCCUCAGCAGUACAUUCGCAUCAACACCGCCAAUAACACCUAUGAAAUCGUGCCCUCCACUAUGUACGAAAACUCGGAAAAUCUCGACCCGAUGUCUAAUCAGCUGCUUGCGGAUCAGAACCUGCUGGACUUCAACACUCAGGACCUCUCCUAUCUGCAAGUGAACGCUGCGGGCUCUCUGAGCCCCGGCAUGUACUCAGAAGAAUCGGUCAGCCCCAAAGCCGAGGCUCUGCCCCAGAACUGCUUCAUACCAGUGUUCUCCUCGGGGGCUCUGGCCGAAAACUUUAACGUGCAGAUCAAGACUGAGCUGAACGAACUGCCGCCCCUGGCUUUAGGCGGUCCGGACCGGGAAGAAAUUCCUGCUGGGGGCGACUGGUGGGUGCAGCACCCAGCUCAGCCCGACAGUUAACCAAGGGGCUGGGGCUAGGUGAGUGGGGGCUGUAGAGGACUUAGUUUCGGUAGUUUGAUCUCAUCUCGAGUGGCUAAUUUAUUUGUACAUAAAAUACUCUUAGCUCUAAGUACCAUCUGAAACUUGUUUUAGGUUUCGUGAUUAAUGUACCACUGUUUGAGUGUUCGCAAUUCAGUUUUUUCAGUUUCAGCUGAAGAGUUAAGGGCUAAAUUACGUGAUUAUAACACAGGAAAACUGAAUUGCAACCCCAAUUUUGAAUACUUUACAGGGUGUUUCAAAAUGUUAUCACGCUUUGAACCACCCUGCUGAUUGACCCUGAAGUAUACUGAUUUGUAACAAAGUGUCUUAUUUUAGGCUAGUGAUUAAUGUAGGCACCUCAACAUGUUUGUUAAGUUUGUGAAGAAUUUUAUAAAAUAUAUUUUCUUACCUUUCGUA